ACUUAUCUCCUGGGAAUCAUCAUUUCAAUAUGUGGGAACUUCCUCAUCAGCAUUUCUCUGAAUAUACAGAAAUACGCCCACAUGCGCCAGUCCCAGCUCGGCGACUCCAGGCCCUACUACACCUCAGUGCUGUGGUGGAGUGGCGUGGGUCUGAUGGGACUCGGGGAGCUGGGGAACUUCGCAGCCUACGGCUUCGCCCCGGCCUCCCUCAUCGCACCACUGGGCUGUGUUUCAGUCAUAGCGAGUGCGGUCAUCUCUGUGGUGUUCCUUAAAGAGACGCUACGAGCCACUGAUAUUGUUGGUGGCGCACUAGCAGUGGUGGGAACCUAUCUCCUGGUCACCUUUGCCCCCCACACCUCCACCCACAUCACCGCCCACCUGGUCCAGAGAUACGCUGUCAGCUGGCAGUUCCUGAUUUACCUGUUUCUAGAGGUCAUAGUGUUUUCUAUCCUGCUCUAUUUGUACAAGAUGAGGAAUAUCAAGCACAUAACCAUAGUGAUGCUGCUGGUGGCUCUGCUGGCCUCCCUGACGGUGAUCUCGGUCAAAGCUGUGUCUGGGAUGAUCACGGAGUCCCUAAAGGGAGAUCUCCAGCUCACCUACCCCAUCUUCUACGUCAUGGUGGUGGUCAUGGUGGCCUCCUGUGCCUUCCAGAUAAAGUUCCUUAAUCAAGCCAUGAAGAUGUUUGACGCCACGGAGGUCGUCCCCAUCAACUUUGUGUUCUUCACUGCCAGUGCCAUUACAGCAGGAAUAGUAUUUUACCAGGAAUUCCAGGGCUUGGCUUUGCUCAAUAUUUUAAUGUUUCUCUUUGGGUGGAGAAAAUGUAAGGACAAGGUCCAGCCGGAGGCUAAAAGCAACGCGUACGGAUCUCUGGCAGCUAAACUCAUGUGUAACAAACCUGGCCCACAGGACGACUCCUAAUAUCAGCCACACCUGUCUGUCUGUGUACAGAGACUACCUGUGUCAACACUACACAUCUCUCUCAUGGGUUGCCAGACUGACUGACUACAGGGACAAAGUGAGAGCACUGUCUCCAUUAGCAAAAAAUUCCCCAGAUUUUCCAGAAAUCUGUGUAUCUUCUAACUCGAUCCUGAUUCCAGGAGACUUGCCAGAAGCAGGAUUUCUGGGAAAAACCUGGAUAUCUUUGGGAAAGUUACAAUUGUCAGGGAAUUGAACUCUGUUGGUACAGAUACUGAGGAGACGUCUCAGGAUCGAACCCAAAUGCACUACAGACACAAAUAAAACGUAAUUUAAUUCUCAAGGAGGUGGCUGUCUGGAGGAACCACCUGAUAUUCUCUGUUAAUACGAAAGCAACUGUGUGGAUCGAGUUUCUGAUGAGAUGGUUUCAAUCAUUGAUUUGUUAAUAAACUGGAAUGUGAUAUUUAAAGUGUUUCUCGAGCUCCUGGCUGGUAAAGAGGUGCACCAGCGCCCUCUACUGGUCGUAACAAGAAUGACUAUUUAAAUGUGAAGUGUUUUUUUUUUAAACGUCAGACGUUCUUUGUUUAAGCUAAUAAAUACUGACCAGGCUUCGGGAAGGAUGGCCUCAGGACUACA